CUGUGAUUCUUCCCCCCUCCCCCCCCAGUGCUUCGUGGAGUUUACAGAAAUAUACUCGGUGCUGGUGCAUUCGGCGGAGGCACGGACCACUAAUGGUGUGCGUUUGACGCGUGUGGAAUAAGUACUUUCUUUUUUUCUCUAUUGUAUCCUGUGUUAUCGCGUCCAAGUGCCAUUGAUACGUGUACAUACAUGCAUGUGAUUGUGAGUUUCGUGUAAUUAUUGUUUUAGGAAAGAAAAUAAUCAGUGGGCAGCGCGUUAUCUCGGGGUAUAUUUAUAUUUGACCACAAUAACACGAUGGAGUGCGCGCAUAGCACGGCUCCGCCGAGGAGAUAAGGAAGUACACCACACGUAUAUGACUGGAUCUGGGUAUAUCUGACGAAUGUCAGGGACAAAGUGCCGUCGACGACCACGAGUUUUAUCUGCUUUCCGGUUUCUUGUUUUCUUUGUUUCGUCAUUUUAUGCCCCAUGUUGACGUACAGUAGCGCGACAAACUGCGGGAGCUCGGAGAACGACAAUGGCUCGCCGGCGGGCUCGUUGCUCUCGGGCGAGGGCGAGAUGGCAGACGAGCCCGGGGAUUCCCCGGAAACGCCGAGGGACACCGAGGAGGAGGCCGGGCUGUCCGAUGACUUUUACUCCCACGACACCGACGACGAGGACGAGCAGGGCAGGAAGAAACGCGAUCGCACGAAUUCGAUCGACGGAGUGUCCUCCUCGACGAACGGACAGUUGGGCUCGCCGACGUCGCGCGCCAACAGCGGGUGCACCGGGGUCAAAAAGCUCUUCACCAACAGCCGCGAGCGAUGGCGCCAACAAAACGUCAGCGGCGCCUUCGCCGAGCUGAGGAAGCUCGUGCCCACCCAUCCCCCGGACAAAAAGCUCUCGAAAAACGAGAUCCUCCGCAUGGCCAUCAAGUACAUAGGCCUCCUGAGCCGCGUGCUCGAGUGGCAAAAGUCGCAGGAGCGCAACGGCUUCGUGGCACAUGGUCACCAGGAGGUGCGCGUCAAGUCAGAGCCCGUCCCGACGCACCACCAGACCACCGUCCCGGGGACGAUCUACCAGGCGAUUGGACCGCAAUGUUUGACGAGCGACCGGAACCGCGUUGGUGUAGUGCCGAUGGUCGCAAACCCGAGGCCCACUGCGACGUUUUUGCACGGCGUGCAGGUGAACGGGGGGUCGCAGGGGUGUCCACCGCGAAUCGGGAGGCAUCAGGUGGCGCCGACUCAGCAGCACCAUCACGUGUCGUCGUCGUCGAGUGGUUACGCGAGCAAUGGGUGCUCCGUGGCUGCCAAGAGGCCCAAGCUCGAGAUGGUGAUGGACGAGGAGGUCGAGAAGGAGGAGGAGGAGGCUCUUGUUGUUGUUUCGCGGAGCAAAGCUUGCUCGAGGAAGCGGCUCAAAGUACCCUUCGGCAAGGACGCCAACAGAACUUGAGAUUGCGCGUGUGUGGGUGCGCGUGAACGGGAGAUUGGAGGGAGCUGUUAUACGAAAGUGACAUUUGUUGGUUGGUUGUUGCGGAAU